CGUGGAUUCCUCCGCUCGCGCUUGCAGUGCUGAGGCCGAAGACGCCGCCAUUUUGGAUGCUGAGCCUUGAUUCCGAGCUCUUCCUCUGGGGUUUUCACGUCUGGGUUUGGCCAGGAAGAGCACAGCAUGCUGGGCUCUGGGUUUAAAGCCGAGCGUUUACGAGUCAAUUUGAGAUUAGUCAUAAAUCGUCUUAAACUAUUGGAGAAAAAAAAAACGGAACUGGCCCAGAAAGCAAGGAAAGAGAUUGCUGACUAUCUGGCUGCUGGGAAAGAUGAACGAGCUCGGAUCCGAGUGGAGCACAUUAUCCGAGAAGACUACCUUGUGGAGGCCAUGGAGAUCCUGGAGCUGUACUGUGACCUGCUGCUGGCUCGGUUUGGCCUCAUCCAGUCUAUGAAAGAGUUAGAUUCUGGUCUGGCUGAAUCUGUGUCUACACUGAUUUGGGCUGCUCCUCGACUCCAAUCAGAAGUGGCUGAGUUGAAAAUAGUUGCUGAUCAACUCUGUGCCAAGUAUAGCAAGGAAUAUGGCAAGUUAUGUAGGACCAACCAGAUUGGAACUGUGAAUGACAGGUUGAUGCACAAACUGAGUGUGGAAGCCCCACCCAAAAUCCUUGUGGAGAGAUACCUGAUUGAAAUUGCCAAGAACUACAAUGUGCCCUAUGAGCCUGACUCUGUGGUCAUGGCAGAAGCUCCACCUGGAGUAGAGACAGAUCUUAUUGAUGUUGGAUUCACAGAUGAUGUGAAGAAAGGGGGCCCUGGAAGAGGAGGUGGGGGCGGGUUCACAGCACCAGUUGGUGUACCUGAUGGAACACUGCCAAUGCCCAUGCCCAUGCCCAUGCCGUCUCCAAGUACUCCUUUCUCAUACCCGCUUCCGAAGGGACCAUCGGAUUUCAAUGGAUUGCCAGUGGGAACUUAUCAGGCCUUUCCCAGUAUUCAUCCACCUCAGAUACCAGCAACUCCCCCAUCAUAUGAAUCUGUUGAUGACAUUAAUGCUGAUAAGAAUAUCUCUUCUGCACAGAUUGUUG